AAGUGGGGACUUGUGGCUGGAGCUUCAGGAUCGAGGAGAAGAGUGGUGUGAGAGGUGAGAGGAGGGCAGAGGCCACCUUAUGCUGGGCCUUUCAGGCUGCAAAGAGGAGUUCGGCUUUUAUUUUGCGUGCAGUGGGAGCCACUGAAGAGUGUUAACAGAGAUGGGCAUGAUCAUAUGUUUUAAAAAGAUCUGCUAGAUUCUGUGUAGAGAGAGAAUGGGUUAGAGGGUCCAGCAGCAGAGAAGAUGCGGAUAAGAGGCAAUGACAGAAGUCCAGUCCAGACAGAGGAUGGUGUCUUGGACCAGGCUGGAGGGUGUGGAGAGGGAGAGAAGAGGACUGAUGCAAGGGAUCUUUUGAAGGUCCUGGAUUCCGGGAAAGACUUGAGAGUGCUCAUCGAGGAGACGGCCCCUUUAGGAGGAGCCAGAGAAUCACUGAGAUCCCACCUGAUCCAGGGGCUUCAUCCAGAGGAACGGACUUUGACGGGGCCACGGAGCUCAUGCCAAAGACCAUGGGAACACUCAGAAGGCUUCCAGGAACCAUCCCCAGAAGAGGGGUCUUUGAGACCAGGAAACAGGUGCUCUGCUUUGGAUAGGAGGGGACCAGCAGGUGUGCACUGGGGCUAUGAAGAGACCAUGACAGUCCUGGCCAUUCUCAGUAAUUGUCACUUUUAUGAAAAACUCCAGGCUCGUCACCAGAACAUCCAGAUCUAUAGGGCCAUGGCAGCACAACUGCAGGAGCAGGGCUUUCUGCGGACCCCAGAGCAGUGUCUCACCAAGUUCAAAAACCUACAGUCAUGUUACUUCAAAGUGAGGAGAGGCCACAUGCCUGAGCCUUGUAUCUUUCAUGAGGAAAUGGAUGUCCUUUCAAGCUCCUGGGCCUCUGUGCAACUGUUACAAGGCCAAGAGGGAAGUGAUACGGAUGCUGGAGAGUUGAGUCAGCAGAACAAGGAGCCCACAGAGGUUGGAGAAGUUACCACUGUGGAUGGUGCUGCUGGGGAUGAAAAGCACUUCAGGGAUCCUGGCCAGGAAGUUAGCAGACUUGACCUGUCACUCCUGUUACCCAACAGACUUGAUUUUGAGAUCAAGUAUGGGAUUAAAAAUGAGAAUGUGAAAUGGGAUGAUUCAGAGGAAGCAGAAAUGAACAAGGCCCAGUGGAGAAAGUCUAGUGAAACUUUUUGGUACUCUGAGCUAACAAGAGGCUGGAAGGAUGAGCCAAUGUCAGGCAGGCAACAUAGAUGUUCUCCAGGUGAGAGUGAGGAGAAACCCCCAUCCCAGGAGAGGAUGAGUCACCAGAGACUUCAUACUGGGAGGAAGGCCUGUGGAUACCUCCUGUGUGGGAGGAAGUGCUCUCAGAGUUCUCCCUCACCAUCAGCCGGCUCCAGAACUGGAAGAAGCUUCUUGUAUUGUUACAAAUGUGGGAAAAGCUUUAGCCAAGGUUCUUAUCUUGUUUGUCAUCAGAGAAUCCACACAGGAGAGAAGCCUCACAAGUGCAGUGAAUGUGGGAAGGGCUUUAGUGAGCACUCCACCCUCACAACUCACCUAAGAACUCACACCGGGGAGAGACUCUACCAGUGUGGAGAAUGUGGGAAAAGCUUCAGCCAGAGCUCCAGCCUCAUUGUCCACCAGAGGACCCACACUGGGGAGAAGCCCGAUCAGUGCCCUGUCUCUGGAAAGAGAUUCAACAACAGUUCCCGGUUUAGCAGCCACCACCCAGUCCAUCCUGGGGAGAGCCCAUACGAUUGUGAGCAGUGUGGGAAAAGCUUCAACAACAGCUCCCACUUCAGGGCCCGCCAGAAAACGCACACUGGGGAAAAGACUUACAGGUGCUGUCAGUGUGCAAAAAGCUUCACGAAGAACUCUGCCCUCAUACGCCAUCAGGGGGUACAUAAAUGAGAUACCCACAUCACAGGAAGGAGGAGAGAUGCCGUGAGUGUGUAGGAAACCUGACAGAUCAAUUCCUUAGGUCAACAUAUGUUAUUUAGAGCUUCCUUCUGCUUAUGGAGAGUUCUACCAGCCAAUCCCUGGCUUAGCAGUAGAGUUACUGACAACCAGUUAAGCACUUCAGAACCAUGUCCGGGAAUAGGAAUCAGCAUAUGAAUGAUAAACUCUAGCUCCUCCUACAACUCCAGAGUCCUGUCUCACUGUGGACUUCAAUUUUUCUUUGAAGGGAAGAAGGCUAUAGGAUCCAUAAGUCCUGCCAGAAAGCCAGAGUGUCCUUGUUUUGAACAGAAUGAGUGGGUAGUGGUCUGAAAAGUGUUUCUGCACCAUGCCAGGGAAGGAAUUGUUUCUCCUGGUGGGAAGCACAUCUACAAGGUAAUAGCGUGGACCUAUUCUUAACGAAUAGUUGACCUCUAGGCACCUGCUGUUAAGUACUGCUGCUAACUAGAGCAUGUCACUACUCUGGAAUCCAGCCACCACCAAAAAUGGAACAAAGGGUAGGAAGGAUAGGUUAGGCCACUGGUUUAUACUAAAUCUAAGUGACUCAAUCUUAGAGCAAGUGGAACAUCUUGAAUAAUCUUUGUAAGAUUCCUCAUUUUACCAUCAACCCCAUCCCAGUUCCUGGUUUCUUGUCUCUUAUAGUGAUGUUUUUACAAGUUUAUAAGCAUUACUGUUUCUGAUGAAAAUAAAGGUGUUUCUCCCUCCA